AACUCUGAAAUCAACAGAGGAAAAAUGGAGGUGAAAAUGGCCGAAGAAGGGUGCCGUGAAAAUGGUGAGUCGACGUUUAACGACGGUACCUACUGCAUUUCAAAGACUGUGGACGACGGAGGAGUCGACAGCAAGAGGUUUUACUUGGCUCGCACGACAGCUUUUGAGAUGCUUCGUGACAGAGGCUAUGAAGUUAAUGAAGCUGAGCUGUCUCUCUCUCUUUCUGAGUUUCGUUCUGUUUUUGGUGAGAAGCCAGACCUUGAACGCCUCCGUAUCUGCGUUUCUCUUCGCUCAGAUCCCAGGAAAAAGAUCCUUGUUGUGUUCAUGGGAUCUGAACCAAUCACCGUUAAAACAGUUCGUGCUAUUCAUAGUCAGAUUUCGAACAAUGUUGGCGUGAGUGCUAUGAUUCUGAUUUUGCAGAGCAAAAUGAACCACUUUGCCCAGAAGGAAUUGGCAACUUUCCCUUUCACAGUUGAAAUUUUCCCGAUAGGAGAUUUGUUGGUGAACAUGACAAAACACAUUCAGCAGCCAAAGAUUGAGAUUUUAACCAAAGAGGAGAAAGAACAAUUGCUGAGGAAGCAUGCACUUGAGGACAAACAGCUUCCUUAUUUGCAGGAGAGUGACCGCUUCGUCAGAUACUAUGGGUUAAAGAAAAAACAGGUGGUGAAGAUUACAUACAGUAAUGAACCUGUUGGGUCUUUUGUCACAUACCGAUGCAUCAUCUGAAGAAAGACUAUAUCAUUGCAGCUACCACAAGUUAAAUUAAGACACUCCUUCUCUUUCCUAUUUCUCCUGAAAAUAGCAGUUUAUUUGUCUGUCCUUGAUGUUUGCUUACAAUUCUAACAAGAGAUGGAUUUUGGUUUUGAAUGAGGAAAAUUUUAGCAAACUACACGAGUUUUCCAAAA